AUGUCGAAUUCCAAAUUGGCUCAAGUUGAUUUCUCCACUCAAUUGCUCUCUCGAAUUGGAAAAAAGUUGUAUCUGAACACCGAACUGGCCGAUGUGUACUUCGUGUUUGAGUCCAAAGGCAAACCAGUCGAACGCGUUCCGGCGCACAAAACAUUUUUGAUCGCUGCCAGCGAUGUGUUUGCCACCAUGUUCAAUGGAUCGUGGAUAGAGAAAAAAGAGGUGAAGAUCGUGGAUACAACAGCGAAAGUUUUCAAGGAAUUUUUGCAAUUCUUUUACCUCGACCCUGUUACGAUGACCACAGAAAAUGUGGCCAAGGUCAUGAAAUUGGGCCAUAGAUACAAUGUUGCCGAAUGUUUGAUGGUUUGCGAGAAGUUCUUGAAACGGAAGUUGGACGAAAACAACAACGUGGAAUGUUACGAACUGGCGGUGCUUCUCGAGCAGAAAAAGUUGAUGGAAUCGUGCGAAAAGAUGAUCGGCUACAACGCCAAAGCGGUACUCAAAUCGACUGACUUCCUGACAUGCGAUGCUAAGACACUGUCCCGGAUUGUGCGGUUGAAUUGGUUGUCAUGCUCUGAAAUUGAGCUCUUCGAAGCUUGUAUGGCAUGGAUCAAAUCUACAAGCGGAGAGGAAAUCGUGACGAAACAAAUGGUGCAAGAUAAACUCGGCCGCAUAUUUUAUGACAUUCGCUUUGGAUCAAUGACACUCAAAGAAUUUGCUAGCUUAAUCCCAUCUUAUGGAGAAUUGUUUUCAAUUUGCGAACAUCAGGACAUCAUUCAAAUGAUUGCAGACGAUGAUUUCCAGCCAAAGAUGUUUAAUGGAAACCGAGCAAAGAGAUGUGAAGUUGAUCCGUCGAAAAACAAGGUGGUUGUUAAGUGCAAUCGACUUAUUUCGAGCCGUAGGUCGACUUUACCAUAUUUCAUCAAAAACUUGGAAACAACCACAUUCUCCAUCAAUGAGCCGGCCUUUCUAAAUGGAUUCUUUAGCGGCUUUUUUUUCGAAAAUCGCAAUAACCAAUAUUUUAACUUAAAAGAGCACCUAUCGGUGAAGAUAACGAUCGUUAGAAUGCCAAUCGCAGAGGAUCCAUCAAGUGACGGAGAGGUGGUUUUGUUUGAAGGAGAACAAAAAUUGGGAUUAUUGGCAGUGUACGUAUCAUUGCCCAAUCCAAUUCUUAUCAAACCUUCAUCCAUGCACGAGAUUCGCUUGGAGCUAAAUCCACCCAGAAAUUGUGCAUCUGGCCUUUUGUUGAAGUCCGAAGUUCAAAUGGAUUCCGAUUUCAAAGUACAAUUUCAUGACGAUCCAAUCUUGGAGAAUGAUCCAGAUGUGAGCAGAGGUCUGAUCUGGAACCUGAAAUUCUACCGAAUUUGA